UGCUCCCGCGCCGGACACAGUAAGACAGUCGUGUGUGUUUUUCUUUUUCCCGCGCAAGAAAUCAGUCAGAUACUGGAUUGCUGUCGUUCAUUCGAAAUGAAUAGCGCACCGUUCUGUUUUUUUGAAUUGUCUUCGUUUGGUGACGGCUUGCCGAGGGUUAAAAAAGGAUAUAUCUGCACAUGGAUAAUGGUGUCGAGAGAUGAAGAGGAAUGAUGAGUAGAGGAACGGCAGUUGCGAUGCUGAUAUUCUGACCCUGUGCAAACGUGGGUGCGAGGGAUGUUCUGCGAAAACUGCUCUGUAGCUCCGGCGCGGAUAUUUGAGAGAACUGUUUGCUGUUCACAGAUCCUGAGGCAUAUGCUUACAUUAACAAUCAUUCAUUAAUUAUUGUGCCUCUUCUUUCAUUUGCCUGAACGUUGCUUUUAUUAACGUGAAUAUUCAACAACUUGUAACUGCUCUGAGUAGCAAAAUUAAUUGUUUUCAGUUUUGUUUCCAUCUUUUAUCAUAUUCCAAAAGAAAAAAAAAAAAAAAAAAAACAUUGUAAUCACAGUGAUCCUUUGUAUAAUUAUUUUUAGUUAUUAAAACAGGGAGGAAAUUUGAAAUCCAAGCUUUAAUUUUUGGCAUCUUAUUACGAAGAAAAGAAAUUUUGGUUUAAACAACCGUAGAGAAUCUCUUGUUAAUUUAAUUUACUGCCCAUUAAUAUUUUUGUUUUUGUAUCGGCUGGAUUCCUUUCUCCUAUGUAAUAAGAUUUGCGAGAGUAAAAUAUCGCUAAAGAUAAUAACUUGAUGAAAAAUCUUUUGUUUUGAAUCUUUUAAUAUAUCUUUUGUUUUGAAUCUUUUAAUAUUGCUGUGAUUUCGUAUUCGAUAAGAAAAGUGCUUUUUAGGUAUUGUUCGUCCUAAUAAAACCAUGAACAUAAUAUUCUGUGGAAUGAACAUGAAUAAUUUAAACAAGUAUAGUACAAAAGCUACGAGUUUUAAACAUACUGUGCCUUCUGAGAAGGAUAACUAAGUCUCAAAAUCGAUCGUCAGAUGUUACAUCACUUUCUAGUCUAAAACUGCUGAACUUGGAUGUAAAUUAUGGCAGAUAUGUACAAAAUUGAUCUGCAGAAUAAUUUCGUGUAAAGACUCAUUAGCAUUUUUGUAAAUUUUUACGCCUUUAUAAACUUGGAGUCAUGGGAUGUUUCAAGCGAAAGAAAUCAACAGGUCGAGCGUAUGUACCUUUGAAUUCUACACGAGAUGCUUCUCCGAACUGUCGGUGCUCAUGUCACAGAAGAAAGGUGGUAGCUGGUUGUGAAGCUCCAACAUCAAACUAUGAACUGAAAAGUCCGGCUUUAGUUCGAUCUCCGGAUAAGAUCAGACGAUCAAGGAGUUUAGAUAGGCACCCAACAUUCGCCAUGGAUAUAACGUACGUUACGGAAAGAAUUAUUGUGAUUGUAUUUCCAAGAACAGAGCCAGAUACAACAUACAAAAGUAAUCUGAAAGAUGUGACACGUAUGUUACGUACAAAACAUGGAACAAAUUAUAUGGUGUUUAACUUGUCAGAGAAGCGGUAUGACUUGGCUAAAUUCAAUAACAGAGUUUUGGAAUUUGGAUGGCCGCAAAAUCUUGCACCACCACUGGAAAGGCUUUGUAGUAUUUGUAAAUCUAUCGACUCGUGGAUUAAUAGCGAUCCGCAAAAUAUUGCUGUUAUACAUUCUAAGGGUGAUAAAGGCCGAGCUGGUAUUGUGAUUGCAGCUUAUAUGCAUUAUAGUAACAUUUGCGCCAGUGCGGACCAGGCUCUUGACAGGUUUGCAAUGAAACAGUUCUUUGAAGAUAAAUUAGCAAAUUCAAUGCAGCCUUCUCAGCAAAGGUAUGUUAAUUAUUUCACAGGUUUGUUGUCUGGUGCAAUAAGAAUGAAUAGCAAUCCUCUUUACCUUCAUCGACUUAUUGUACAUGGUGUGCCAAAUUUUGAUUCUAGAGGAGGAUGUAGGCCUUUUUUAAAGAUAUAUCAAGGAAUGCAACAGAUAUACACAUCUGGUGUUUACUCAGCAUCUGAGAAAUCAAAAAAAAUUAUUGUCUCCUUCGAUUCAGGAUUGCAGAUUAGAGGAGAUGUAUUUAUAAAAUGUUAUCAUAAAAGUAAUAGGCCACUUGCCAGAUAUACAAUUUUUCAACUCCAGUUUCACACUUGUACGGUUGAAUCAGAUCAUAUGACAUUUGAUAAAAGUGAACUAGAUAGUGCAUGUUCAGAUUCUCGAUUUCCUACCACUGGAAAAGUUGAACUUCUUUUUUCAUAUCAGCGAGAAGACUUUCGAGGGAAUGGAUCUGUUCAGGAUUCUACUAUGCCUGUAGAAAGUGCAAAUGACCCUCUUGUUAGAUGUGAUUCUUAUGAAAAUUUUGAUAUAAAUCCAGAAGACAAUAUAGAUGAUGUUGGUUUUCUUGAUGGUGGUUUCAAUGUUCUUUACACAGAAGGGCCUUUGGACGGUAGUCUAUAUGCUACUGUCUCUAAGAAGAAAUACACUGAUGUACUGAUUCACCCACACAUGAAUAGAGAAACUUUUACUGAUGUGGAAGGACCUCAUAGUAUUGAUUCAGGAAUUUCAUCUAGUUCUGGUAUUCGUAAUGUUGAUAUAGAUAGUCACAACCCUUCAGAACAGUCAGCUUCUCGAAGUACACCAUAUUCAAAUUUUAAAGAUGAACAAGCAGAAUUAGAUGAGUUAGUACAUGGAAUGUUGAAAGAAAUUCAGUCCAUACCGGAUACACCUGUCUACAGUAGUUUAAGACCUUUUACUUCCUCUCUAGCACCUCAAUCACCGAAAACUAAAAAUUUUUCUAGCAUUACAACUACAGUGCAAACCAGCGAUUAUUCAGUCCCAAGAAAUUCUACUUUACCAACUAGCAUAAUAAGUGUUAAUGGAAAUAAGCAAAUAAUCAGUCCAAGCUCUGUUAAGCCUGACACUGUUUACUAUUCACAUAAACGAGAAGUCAUUUUUGAUGAUGAUGAAAACAUACCUUACCAUGCAAGGAAAUCUCCAUCACCAUUUACAUAUGGAAUGCAGAGUCCUGUUGUUGAACGAAGAAGACUUUUAUCGGAUGGCAGUCAACCCCUUGGAUUUCAAGACAGGUAUAAAGGAGACUAUAAUUCUGGCUCCUGGCUUCAAAGACAGCAAGAUAAGUUGAAAGCUCGUAGAGAAGGUAGAGGAUGGGAAGAAAGACAUCACAAAGAGCAGUUAUUAUUGGAAGAGCUCCGACAAACUCAGAAGAAAACAUUAACUAAUGGAGAUUCUGUUGAUGAUGUUAGUCUUGGACUAGACUUUUCUUCUUCUUCAAGGGAGACAUCACCUCCCAAGGGUCUCAGUUAUACAUUGCCUCUACAUGUUAAUACAUAUAAUGGGCAUGGAUCAGCAACCUCUACUGCCCCAGUUAAACCUUCAGUGUAUAGAAAUACUAGUGCUCCUUCUUCACCACUGCUUCCACAAAGAAGCAGCAGUAAAGAUGUGACACGUUACAGGUACCCUCAGUUUCAAACCCAAAGCAAAACUCUUACGAGGCAAAAAUCUGAUACUUCAUAUGAUCGUGAAAGGCCAUUUGUUUCAACAAAAAAAGCACAUCAAUUGGCUAAAGAACAGAUUGCAAAUAAUCAAACUUCACCACAUAAUGUAAUUGCAUCCUCUACAAUUUAUGGGAAUAUCUCUCCGCCAAAAUCGGAAUCGACUGACCCAGGCUUGUUGAGUUUGCUUGGUACUCCUGGCAGUAAAAUUAAUGAAACCCCUGAUCAAGGAAAUGUGAAGCUUGAUAAACUUGAGCAGUCCCUUCAAGCCAUGUCAGUAUCUUCACAGAGCUCUGCAAAUAGCCCACAUGAAGCCCGCAGUUCACCAUUAUUAUAUUCACAGUCAACACCCAAUAAGACAACUUACGUUAGUGAUGUUGCUUCCUGGUCGCCUUCAGUCAUUGGUUCCAGCCCUCCUAGCAGUCCGUCUAGAAUGGACAGGCCAGUAACACCAGCCUUUCCUGUCCCACCUGGAACACCAUAUCAAAAUCAAGAUAGCACAAGCUCUGCUUUGCCUCCCAAAAGUCCUUCAAUGUCACGCUUCUCUCCCAGCUACAGAUUAGCUCUGAGAGAUUCUUCCAGUUUUCUGAAUUGUCGCAGAUGGUCUUGUUUAUAUGAAAGUGAUUGGAAGAAGGAUCGCAGUCCAUCUCCUGCAGCAGUACAAAAUGUGCAUCAUGAUACACCUGGUAUAAUUCGUGCCAGCAGCACUAAUGGUCAGAGUUCACCAACAGUAUAUUAUGGACAGUCAAGGCCUUCUAGCAUGGUUUCACUUACUGAACCUUCAGAAGUAAUACACCAUCAUCCUAUGUUUGUAAAAGAUACUUCGAAAUUCUGGUACAAGCCAAACAUAUCUAGAGAAGAAGCUAUAAGCAUCUUAAAAGACAAACCUCCUGGAACCUUUGUUGUGAGAGAUAGCAACUCUUUCCCUGGUGCUUAUGGUUUAGCCUUGAAAGUAGCUACUCCUCCACCCAAUGUGCAGAAUAAAUCAGGAGAUAUGUCUAAUGAACUUGUGAGACACUUCUUGAUUGAACCAACAUCCAAAGGAGUUCGUUUGAAGGGAUGUCCCAAUGAGCCUGUGUUUGGAAGCCUGUCUGCUUUAGUUUACCAGCAUUCAAUCACACCAUUAGCUUUGCCUUGCAAGUUGGUGCUUCCUGAGGAAGAUCUAGUUGCUGGGCCUGAACCACAGAACACCAACAAUGAUACACUUCUAGCACAAGGAGCUGCUUGCAGUGUCCUUUACUUAAACAGUGUUGAGAUGGAAUCUCUCACAGGGCCACAGGCAGUAAAGAAAGCUUUGACUGAAACCUUAGCUGUGAAGCCUUUACCUACAGCAGUUCCUGUACAUUUUAAAGUUUCUGAGCAAGGAAUUACAUUAACAGAUAAUACAAGAAAGUUAUUCUUCAGACGCCAUUACCCAGUGAAUACUAUCAGUCAUUGUGGAUUAGAUUUAGAAGACAGAAAAUGGACUCAAACAAAUGAAGAUGGUGUCCCAAUAAAUACUUGCCGUAUGUUUGGAUUUGUUGCUCGUAAACCUACUAGUUUGACUGACAACCAAUGCCACCUUUUUGCCGAACUGGAACCUGAACAGCCAGCAAGUGCAAUUGUCAAUUUUGUAACCAAAGUCAUGAUGACUGGUUCUCAGCAGACAUCUCAAAUGGUUUGAAUUAAUAUGCUGAAUAAGUUCAUUCUGCAUUUGUGAAAUAAUAUUUGGACAUUUUUCAAAGCUAUUUACAGGCUUUUGUAAAAGUUGAUUGAAUAUAAAUGCUUCGUAAGGCACAAUUUUUAACCAGUGUUGCACAGGGAAUUUAUUAAGUAUUCAGUUAAUAAGGCUUAUUAUGAUAUGAACAUGUACUAAUUUUAUUUUUAGUCAACUGUUUUGGGAUGCUGCUUUAUAAAUAAAUGUUAACACAUUUAAACAUCUUACUUUUCAUGAUGGCAGCUGUAUCUGAAAAUCACAUUACUUUGUAGAUAAAAUGUAUAUUUAAAUUUCUAAAAUAAAAAGAUUAAAAGUACAUUAACAGUAUUUUAAAAGUAAAUAUGCUGUAUUUUUGUAUUUCUAAGAGAAUUAGCAAGACAAUUUUUAAAAUAGUAUUUUGGACAAAAAUUAAUAAAAAAUAUAUUUACUUAGAAGCAUUAAUGAUUCAACAGUAUUGGAUAAGGAAAGAAUUUCUUUGAAGGUUCAAUCAGUUGUUGAAAAUUCAUUCAUAUUAAUAAUUCUGUACUUCCGUUUUCUAAUUUUGUGUGAGAGUGAAUUUUGUACAUUUAAGAGCUUUUAUGGCUACUGUCGUGCAGCAAUUUGUGUGUUUUGGAAAUUGAGAUGUUUGAAAAUAUAGUUGGGGAGGGGAACAAUUUGAACUGUACAUUAUCAGAGUUUUUUUAUGUAUGUUAGUUGUACAAAAAAUAAUAUCAAUAAUUGUUACCAAAUUGUAAAUUAUCAGUGAUUUUCUGUACGUGUAAUUUCAUCAGAAUUUGUAGUGAGGUCAGAGAAGUGAAAAAUUAAAAGUAAAUUUAGGGGGGGGGGAAUUUAAAUAAGUAAAUAAAGCAGCAUGUAGUUUAGGGUGCGUAUUUUCUCCCCUAAAAGUGUUUCUAUAAUUUAAUUCAUUUGAAACUUACCAAAAAAUAAAAUGCAUCGUGUAUUUUAAUAUAUUUUGGUUCUGUUAAUUAAUUUUGUUUUUUAUCUUUUGUUGUUUAUCUAAAACAUUCUUUGGUGUUGCAAAAUUCUCGCCAAGUCAUUUUUUUUUAAAACUGUUCAUGAAAAAAUUGUUUAAAAGGCAAUGUCAUCAUUGUUGUUCAGGGUAUUUGUUGAAUGGAAAAUUCUUUUUUGUCUGUAAGAAUUUGAUUGUGGUUAAAUUUGAAGUUGCUUUCCUUGUAUCUAACUGUAUGUUGUUGAUGGAAAAUAUUUUAGUGUCAACAUUAUCAUUGUUAUUCAUUGAAUCUAGUGUUUAUUUUAAACAUUUACUAAUGACAUUAAAAACUGCAGCUACUAAAUAUUUGUUCAUUUAAAAAGAA